AUGAGCGCAGAGGAAGUGAGCAUUGUGAGAGUGGGCGCGGGCAGCUUUGCUACUGCAUAUGUCUGGCAGAGCUACAAUUCUGUGGUGCUCAAGAAGGUGGCAGAACCGUUGCAGAAUGACGUGUUGCUCCGGGAGUACAACCGUCUGCAGGCUUUGUAUCCCCAGGUUGGAAACGAGCUGCUUUUCAAGGUCCCAAAAGCAAUGGAGCACUUUCCCAGCUACAGCUUCUUUCCCGCCGGUUUUAAGGACAACAAGCAGAGCUUCGUGGCAAGGAUCUACCUGGGAAAGGACUGCACAGAGCCAAAGCGCUUCUUCAACCCUCUGAACUUCCCCCUUGAUGCAAACCGGUUAUCGCAACUAGAGGUGGGGGUUCCAAUCGCGGAGAUUGCGCGGGAUAUGGGGCGGCUGCUGUCAAGGAUCCAUUUCAAAGCUGGAUUCGACGGUAGGGACAUUGAGUUCGUUCUGGGAGGACACCAGAGCAACCCCCUCCGAAAGAUUGGGUUUUACUGCUUUGACUUCAACCAGCUCCGGACUUGGAAGUCGGCUCAGGACUUGGUCGAUAGUUUCCUGGCAAAUGAUCCUUACUAUCCAAGGCCCGGCCACGAAUACUGGGACGACUUCCGGACAGGGUAUCUGCUGGAAGCCGCAAACGGCGAGAAGGACACAGAGAUUGCUGAGGAAGUACUUUCUCUGCUAGUGUCUCGAUUGAAGCAAUAAGGAGAGACCGCCGCUUUACUUUCCUCAACUUAGUCUGAGAGCUUCACUUUUGUGCACUUUCAGUCGUCGAACAUGCCGGCCCUAGACGCUUUGCCGCUUAUCAAGUAGUGCGUGUCUUUCGCAAAUGACUCCGGCCGUAUCUCAUCCUCCUUUCCCUUUUGCGACAAAUUCAGAGAUAUAAAUGAGAACAUGGG